CAUUUGACUUUGACAGCUCCUAAUUUUUUAAUGGCUUCCACGAGCAGAAGUUCGCCUGAUGAUGACGGAUAUAAAAGAUUCACAGAAGAUAUUCACAAUGCAUCUUAUGGCUCUAAUGAACAGAAUCCCAUGGACGAAAUGGGGAGCAGAUCCAGUCUCUGCAGAGACGAUAAUGCUGAUACGGACCAAUGGGAGAUGAAUUAUCAUGAAGCUGCAAUAUUCCUAGAGGAAGGAGAAAAUAAUGAAAAAUUUGACUCUCACCCUCGUCAUCCAUCAGCGUUACCUGCAUACCUUCUCGUGCAUAAUUCAUGGUACUAUGGCUUUGAUCUCUUUUUCUCCAUAGUCCUUCUGAUGUUAGCAGUUGUAGAAAAACCAUCAAUAGAAAAUUUUGAGUUUCCUGUUGGAAUACAUGGAACAUUGGAAUUGGUUGCCUUGGGGGUGAUUGGCGUUGAAUUAGCGUUGAAAUUAAGGUGGAUUGGUUGGACAACUAUUUUGAAACAUAAGAGGACUAUGGUUAAGUGUAUAACAUUAAUGAUAAUGUUCUUAGAAGCGGUCACAGUUCUCAUAAGACAAUCAUCACACUUCCGAGUUACUAGAGCCCUGCGUCCCAUCUUUCUAGUCGACACUAGGGCUUGUGGAGGAGUACGAAGAUACAUUAGACAGAUACUACAAUCACUUCCUCCGAUUUUGGAUAUGUUGGGGCUACUAUUAUUCUUCAUAUGCAGCUAUGCUUUGUUGGGAUAUUUCUUGUUUAGUGGGCAUAAAACGAACCUGUAUUUUCAAACAUUGGGGGACAGCUUCGUUAGUAUGUUUGUACUGCUGACUACAGCUAAUUUUCCGGAUGUUAUGAUGCCAUCAUAUUCCAUUUCUAAGUGGACGGCAGUGUUUUUUAUUUCAUACAUAUCAACAGUACUUUAUGUAUUGAUGAAUCUGAUGCUGGCUGUUGUCUACGAAACUUUCACUGGAAUAGAGAAAGACAAAUUCAGGAAACUUCUUUUACACAAAAGACAAGCGUGUAAAUUGGCUUUUCGGCUUCUUGUGAGCAAACAGACUCCAAAUAAUAUGAGAUUCAAGCAAUUUCUAGGACUGAUGAGGUAUUACUCACCAAAAACUAAACUCAGGGAUGUAGUUUUGAUCUUUCGCCAAUUAAACAAAAGUAACACAGGUCUUCUAACGCAAGAUGAAUUUUUGAAUAUAUAUGAUGCCAUGACAUUGAAAUGGAGAAAUAAAACUCCUUUGGAUCCCUGGUUUUCAACAGCUUGGCCCCCAUUGCGAGUUUUCUGCCGAACAUCUAGAAAUCUAAUUUCUUGGAAAUAUUUUGAACAUAUUGUGUAUCUUCUCAUUAUUUCAAAUGGUGUUGCUAUGUUCAUAAGAGUGGUAGAGAAUCCAGGAACUUUACAGGAUCAUGCUAGACUAUUUUGUGCAUCGUGGGAUACUUAUUUAUUUCUGGCAUUAUUUUCGAUGGAGGCAAUUUUUAAAAUAGUAGGUAUUGGUUGGUCGGAAUAUAUCUCAUCUGGAUGGAAUGUGUUUGACCUAUCUGUUACCGUGUUAGCACUGGGCGGAGCAUUUUUGCUCUCUAUGUUUCCAGAGCUGACAGUUGUUGUUAUUUUACGACCUCUAAGGCUUCUUAGAGUAUUCAAGUUGAAGAAAAGGUACAGAGAUAUUUUUGGUACCUUGGUAUUGUUGAGUCCAUUAAUGUGGUCUACAGUUGUUGUAAUGAUGGUGAUGUAUUAUUUUUUUGCCAUUAUUGGCAUGGAAUUAUUCUCUGGAUAUGAUCUGAGAAACUGUUGUGUGAAUUCUACUGUUGAAGAUUUUUACAAAUAUAGCUCGAAUGUUACCUCAAGUGGCAUAGGGUAUUACUACCUAAACAAUUUCUCAAACAUACUUAUUUCAGGAGUUACGCUGUUUGAACUGACAGUUGUGAAUAACUGGUUUAUAGUCAUGGACGCAUAUGCAUCUGUGUCCAAUAAGUACUCGCGAUUAUAUUUUAUGCAGUUCUACUUAUUCACAAUGGUUGUAUUGACAAUAGUCGUCGCGUCAGUUCUCGAGGCAUUCAGAUUUAGAAUACAAUAUAAACAACAAACUUCGAAAAAAGAUGAGGAAUUAAUGUUACAUGAAGAUGUUGUUGUGGAUUGGAAUUCCCUUAUGAUUCAAGUUCAAGAUGUAAAAAUGUUAGAAAAUCUGCAAACUGACUUUGUAGUUGGGGGUACUGUUGCGUACACAGGGAGAAGAAGGCGCACUAGAGAGGUCCUUCAGCAUCAUAUGUAUGCUGUUGAAAUAGCACAAUGGCUUGAAGAAGCCGAACAAGAAGAAAAAGAUGAUAUUAAUUUAAUCAUUGAAGAAACACAAAUAAACACUAGACUAAUAUCAGCCUAAAUAUUAAUUAUUUAUUCAUUAAGAGAUUAUUAGGUACUUGUCAUCUAGAAUUUAACCACUUUGAAAAUAUUCAGAAAACUGAACAUUAAGUGGGUAAAAACCAUGCAGCCAUUAUAAGUAUUGGGUAGUUUAUUUGUUAUAACAAUGUUUAGUAGUGUAAAAAACACUCCUGAUUUAGUGUUUCAUUAGAAUGAAAUUCAUAUUGGUAUUGCAUUUUUCAUUCUCAGAAAUUAUUUGAAGUACUGGCAAGGAAGGACCAAUAAAAUAAGAAUCAAGUUUAAAACUUAACGUUUCAUUACUGUUAUUUUUUGAUAAAUGAACAGUUAUUUAUUUAUUUUUGAACUCUUCUAUAUGUUUUCCCCUCUCUUUUUUUGUAAUUUUAAUUGUUUAAUUGAGAUUGCUUAGUUUUUGUCUUCCAAAUACAUCGGCAUUAGUAUUUCAUUAGAACCUUGUAGGUGCUCCUCAAUUCAUCGUUCUUGUCUUGAUCCCCUGUAAGUCUUUUUCAACUCUGUGUUUCUACAUGUAAGAUCAUAUUGGAAAUUAUUCUUUAAAUACACAGCAUACCUAUAUUUAUU